GUGUCAAGGCUAAUAGCAGAGUGUAUCGACAUCCAGUGUGACGCUGAUUUCUUGUCAUCUUUAAACUUGCAAGUUACAAGGUAAAGCGGUGGAGGGCACAGAGUACGAAUCAAAGGAUUUGCGGCUCUCUUCCCCAAAGGGUGUGCCUGAAGUUGCAGGUAAAAGAUAAAACCCACACCCACCACCAUUCUCAGAAAUUGCAGUCCCUAAACAUGGUUUCUCCAGCAAACUCCGUAUUCUAUAUAAUAUACUCUACACUGUACAUGGCUAUACUCAAAUAGAAUCCUCCCUGGGAACUGCAUAUUCGUGCUCGUUCCAAUAUUCAAGAGAAAGGGACUUGGCGUGUGAAAUGGGAACUGUUCAAAUCCCAACCCUACUAAGUACGCAUAAACAUAAACGCAAGGGAGACAAAAUGAAAGUAUGAAAUGAAAGAAAAACGAACAAUUGCUAAAAUAACCCAUGCAAUCACCGCCUGUGAUUUUCUUGCAUGUCUAGUUUUAUGGUAGAGGAAAGAAAAGCUCCCCUAUAUCGUUUGGUAUUUGUUUUGGGUUUUGGGUAUUUGUUGUUUGUAUUGUUUCUCACUUCGUUUCUCUUUUCUUGCUCUGUUCUAUGCUUCUGCUGCUUUAGAAGAGUUGUACUAGUGUAAUGCUUUUUAGCACAGAUGGAGAUCUUGGUUUUCUGCUGGCUCAUGAAAUGAGGUGGAGGUCCUUCCUUUCCUUUCCAGUUGAAGUCCUCUACCUUUCUAUCCUUCUAGACUGGCUGCAAUACUCUUUUUGCCUUACGCGUUCAAUCUUCCACAGAGACACGCGCGCGCACACACAGAGAGAGAGAGAGAGAGAGAGAGAGGGAGAGAACAGAGUCAUCUUUUUGCAUUGUGGAGGUGGAUUACAAGGGCCGAACCUUUCUGGCUCUGCACUCAAAACAACGUCCUCUUCCUCGGAGGAAAUGGGUAGUGCUAAAAUUUGCCACUAUUCUAACAGAAAUGGACGAUCAAUCAUUUCCUUGCUGUUUCUCUUGCUUUCAAGCUCGACCCUACUGAGAUUUGUAGCUGACGGAAGAGCAAUUAGCAAGCUAUUAGAGGCUGCGCAGAGAGAAGUGGACGAUGAGAAGGUGGUGGUGAUGAGAACUCAGGUAAUCGGAUCAACACCACCAAGGUGCGAGGGAAUGUGCAGCACUUGCGGGCACUGCGAGGCAGUUCAAGUCCCAGUAACAACAGAAGUCCAUGAGCACAGCAGAACUCAUUUAUCUGCUGCCCCGAUUUCUAAUAUUGCGUCCUCUAGGGGUGAUGAUGUCUCCAAUUACAAGCCUAUGAGCUGGAAGUGCAAAUGUGGCGACCUAAUUUUCAAUCCUUGAUAGAAAGGAAAUAACAUUUGCAUUCUGGUCAAACAAUGACGUUUUUGAAACUUGGAUAUGCUUUGCAGAGAGUUUCCCCUUUUUUCCAAAUCUCUUUCUUGUCUUGUUUUCUUUUGCUGUGCCUGUAAUAAUUUUUUUCUUCUCAUAAAUCCAUUUUCUUAUGUAAA